UGUCGCUCAGGGACAUGAAGCAGGCAGGACAGAGGCUGGUACUGUUGGCGUUGUUCCGUUCACUCUCUCCCUCUGCCCUCUCUUACAGAACCGUCACUCAGAAUAGCCAGGCACCAUGGGGAGGAAAAAAAUCCAGAUCUCACGCAUUCUAGACCAAAGGAACAGGCAGGUGACAUUCACCAAGCGCAAGUUCGGGCUGAUGAAGAAGGCUUAUGAGCUGAGCGUGCUUUGUGACUGCGACAUCGCGCUGAUUAUCUUCAACAGCGCGCAGCGCCUCUUCCAGUAUGCGAGCAGCGACAUGGACCGGGUGCUGCUCAAAUACACCGAGUACAGCGAACCGCAUGAGAGCCGUACCAACGCGGACAUCCUGCAGACACUGAAGAGGAGGGGCGUGGGCCUGGAUGGGCCUGAGCUGGAGGUGGAGGAGGGGCCAGAGGGGCCUGAAGAGAAACUGCUGAGGACGCUGGGAGGCGACAGAGGCCCGUCUUCGCCCCUGCCUCGGAUCUAUCCGGUGACCCCUGCGAUGUCGGUCUCAGAACUGUCAUACCGGGUCCCACUCGCCCCGCCCGGCUGCGACCCUGGCGGGCUGGGGGAGGUCCCGUCUGUCCACAGCCGCCAGCCCCACUUUCGACCCCCAGGCCUGGGACACCCCAUCUUCUCUCCGAGCCACCUCGCCGGCAAGAUGCCCUCACCCCUGUACCUGGCGACUGAUGGGCGGAGGCCAGAUCUGCCAGCGGGCCUGGUUGGGGCCCGAGGGGGACUGGGCACCUCGAGGAGCCUGUACAGCGGCCUGCAGAGCCCCGGCGCCGCCCCCGGCUCCGCUCUGGGUAGCUUUGCCUUCCUGCCACCAGGUUCCGCAGAUUGCAGCCCCGGAGACGCCGCUCCGCUCCCCCUGCAGCCCUCGCCCUGGCCCCCGACGAGGGACGCGGUGGACCCGGCCCGGCCAGGUGCCCGCAGCCUGUGUGAGGAGGGUCCCCCCAGCCGAGUGGCCUCCCCUCCGACGCCCCCGGUCAGCAUCAAGUCCGAGCGUCUGUCCCCCACCACUGGGGCCUCUGGCGACUUCCCCAGGCCCUUCCCCUACCCCCUGCUCCUCGCCAGGCCCCUGGCGGAGCCACUGCGUCCCGCAGCCUCCCUGCGCCGCUUGACCCCCGACGGCUGGCCGCGGUAGCGUGCAGAAGGCUGGAGCAGCCUCCACAGAGAUCCCCGCAGUCUCGGGUUCCCUGCACAUAACCCUUCCUGGGGCUGCUGCAUCAAUAAAGU